GGCGCGCGCCGGCGUAGAGCGCCGCUCCCGGUACCUCAGAGACCGGCGGCCGCUCGCGGCCGGCGCUGCAGCCCCGGGGAGCCCGGCGCGCAGGUGUGAGGUGAGCCCCGCAGAGCCAGAUAUUUCAAUCAAAGGAAGAAAUAGUUCUCCUAAGAUGGAAUCUGUGAUUUGGGAAUGUGGUUGAUCAACUUGAUAUGUUGGCCAAAUGUGCCCUAUGUAGUAAAAUGAAGAGACAAGAUGAUGUCAUUUUCCCAUAUUGUGAAACCAAAAACAGAUGCCUUUUGUGAGACCAAGCUAACAAACCUCUGAUGGUACAGAGUAUUUAACUGUUUGAAGAACUUAACAGUGAAAGACAGAAGUAGUUUCAAGCCGAGACCUGCAGGUGUAUAUUGACCUGACAUACAUAUUAAGAAAGCCUGAUCAUCCAAAUCUAAGCAGAUCCAGAAGAAUGGCUAUAAGUUGGAUUAUCUUCUAUCUUUGGCUCUUGACUGUGUUUGUGGGGCAUAUAGGUGGGCACAGUUUAUUUUCUUGUGAACCCAUUACCUUGAGGAUGUGCCAAGAUUUGCCUUAUAAUACCACCUUCAUGCCUAAUCUUCUGAAUCAUUAUGACCAACAGACAGCAGCGUUAGCAAUGGAGCCCUUCCACCCUAUGGUGAAUCUGGAUUGUUCUCGAGAUUUCCGGCCAUUUCUUUGUGCACUCUAUGCUCCUAUUUGUAUGGAAUAUGGACGUGUCACACUUCCUUGUCGUAGGCUGUGUCAGCGGGCCUAUAGUGAGUGUUCAAAGCUGAUGGAAAUGUUUGGUGUUCCUUGGCCUGAAGAUAUGGAAUGCAGUAGGUUUCCAGAUUGUGAUGAGCCAUAUCCUCGUCUUGUGGAUCUGAAUUUAGUUGGAGAUCCGACUGAAGGAGCCCCAGUGGCAGUGCAGAGGGACUAUGGUUUUUGGUGUCCCCGAGAAUUGAAAAUUGAUCCUGAUCUUGGUUAUUCGUUUUUGCACGUGCGUGAUUGUUCACCUCCUUGUCCAAAUAUGUACUUUAGGAGAGAAGAACUAUCAUUUGCUCGCUAUUUCAUAGGAUUGAUUUCAAUCAUUUGCCUCUCUGCCACAUUGUUUACUUUUUUAACUUUUUUGAUUGAUGUCACAAGAUUCCGUUAUCCUGAAAGGCCUAUUAUAUUUUAUGCAGUCUGCUACAUGAUGGUAUCAUUAAUUUUUUUCAUUGGGUUUUUGCUUGAGGACCGAGUAGCCUGCAAUGCUUCUAGCCCUGCACAGUAUAAGGCUUCCACCGUGACACAAGGAUCUCAUAAUAAAGCCUGCACCAUGCUUUUUAUGGUACUCUAUUUUUUCACGAUGGCUGGCAGUGUUUGGUGGGUGAUUCUUACCAUCACGUGGUUUUUAGCAGCUGUGCCAAAGUGGGGUAGUGAAGCUAUUGAGAAGAAAGCAUUAUUAUUUCACGCCAGUGCAUGGGGCAUUCCUGGAACUCUGACUAUCAUCCUUUUAGCGAUGAAUAAAAUUGAAGGUGACAAUAUUAGUGGCGUGUGUUUUGUUGGCCUCUACGAUGUUGAUGCAUUGAGAUAUUUUGUUCUUGCCCCUCUCUGCCUGUAUGUGGUAGUUGGGGUUUCUCUCCUCUUAGCCGGCAUUAUAUCCCUAAACCGAGUCCGAAUUGAGAUUCCAUUAGAAAAGGAAAACCAAGAUAAAUUAGUGAAGUUUAUGAUCCGGAUUGGUGUUUUCAGCAUUCUAUAUCUCGUACCACUCUUGGUUGUAAUUGGAUGCUACUUUUAUGAGCAAGCUUACCGUGGCAUCUGGGAAACAACAUGGAUACAAGAACGCUGCAGAGAAUAUCAUAUUCCAUGUCCAUAUCAGGUUACUCAAAUGAGUCGUCCAGACCUGAUUCUCUUUCUGAUGAAGUACCUGAUGGCUCUCAUAGUUGGUAUUCCCUCUAUUUUUUGGGUUGGAAGCAAAAAGACAUGCUUUGAAUGGGCCAGUUUUUUUCAUGGUCGUAGGAAAAAAGAGAUAGUGAAUGAGAGCCGACAGGUACUCCAGGAACCUGACUUUGCUCAGUCACUCCUAAGGGACCCAAAUACUCCCAUUAUAAGAAAAUCCAGGGGAACGUCCACCCAAGGAACGUCCACGCAUGCAUCUUCAACUCAGCUGGCCAUGGUGGAUGAUCAAAGGAGCAAAGCAGGGAGUGUCCACAGCAAAGUGAGCAGCUACCACGGCAGCCUGCACCGGUCACGGGAUGGCAGGUACACUCCCUGCAGUUACCGAGGGAUGGAGGAGAGACUACCUCACGGCAGCAUGUCACGACUGACAGAUCACUCCAGGCACAGUAGUUCCCACCGGCUGAAUGAGCAGUCACGGCACAGCAGCAUCCGCGACCUCAGUAACAACCCCCUGACUCACAUCACACACGGCACCAGCAUGAACCGGGUUAUUGAAGAGGACGGGACCAGCGCUUAAUGUGUCUGUCCAAGGCAGAAAAUGUGUGCUGUUGGAAAAGCAGAUUUUGUUCUUUGCCUGUGCAUGACUGAUGGCUGUAACUCACUGUCAGCCUGGUUUCAGUCAGGUGCAGAUUGUGUCCAUUGGGAGGGUAAAUUUUCGCUUUUUGUAUUGAAUCAAACUUGAAACAUCAAGACAUCCAAAACACUAAGAAUUAUAUCAUCACAGAAAUAAUUCUUUCUAGGUUGUAAAGAGAUAAUUAUUUGUCUGGUAAGCAUUUUUAUAAACCCACUUAUUUUAUAUUUAGAAAAAUCCUAAAUGUGUGGUGAUUGCUUUGUAGUGAAUUUUCGUAUAAUAUGAACUAAUUGUGAGGUAACAUUCUGGUAGCUCUGUUAAUAACACAAAGUUUCAGAAUUAAAGAAGUUUUCUAUGCAAGGUUUAUUUCUCAGAUAAAUAGCAGGACUUUGUAGUUUUAUUUCCACUAUGUGAAAAAAGAACUGUUUUUAAACUAUGGGAGAAUUUGAUAAAUCAGCAAGGGUAUUUUCACUAAUAGAAUUUAAGUCAACAGAAGAAUCUGAUUAGUCUAUGGGAGGUUCUCUUGAAAUUCUAUCAAAAUAAACUUGAUUCAGAGAUAUUCAGGAUUUGGUUUAGCAAUGGAAUAAAAGCAGAGAUGGGCAUUUUCCCCAUAACAGUUUUUUUUAUUUUUUGUAAAUAUUACUUUUGCUGGCUAUUUUUAUAACUUAUCAAUGUGCAUGAUAGAAAAAUUUUGAUUUGUAGCCAUCUUUUCCCAGGUUAUAGUAUUGAUUCAUAGAAAACUUCAUGUUCAGAUAUGCUCUGUGAGGCAUGUAAUAAACAUCACACAUUAUAAGGCUUUUUGGGGUAACCACAAUUGCUCAUUGUUGUACUUUUCUACAGUGGUGUCAGUGACCUUGCCAAAGCCAUGGGCCUUGGUACCCAGGGCCUUCCUGUAAUGAGCUCAGUGUCUGCUCCUGCAUUGCCAGUAACCAGUUGGCUGCAGCUCUUGCUCCACAUGCCUGUUUUCAGUUUCUGGAUCAUCCUUGUUUCAAGAAGAAAUAUAUGUAAUCUAAGCCUAAAGUGAUUAAUUUGGGUAUUUGAAAAUCAUUGUAACUAAAUGGAGCAUGAUUAGUCUUGCUAUGAAUAUCUAUUACUCUUAAAACUAUCAAGUUAAAAGUGACAUUUUAUCUUGUAAUGUUUAAAUAACUUACGGUAUGAUAGUGAAUUCUAUUAGGCAUGAAGUUGAUCAGAAGGAAAAGAAAAAUUCUGGAAAAUGUUGGAUAUAUUAUGUAGAAAAUACAAGUGAUCUUCAGCCCUGACUGCAGGUAAGAAUCACUUAGGGAAAGGUGUUGAAUUCAACAUCUUUCCCUCAUUCAAAUAAGAGUUGAUAUUAACUUAAAAAUAAAUGAAAGAAUUUUCCUGAUGAUCCUAAUUUGCAGCCAGGCUUGAAACUACUGUUUUAAACUCACUUGCCCUGCCUGGUGAUGAUCUGAUGGCAUCACACUGUACUGCAUGAAAUCUAGCUGGAUUCAGUGAUGUGCUUGUACAUCAUUACCUGAUACACAGUUGUUUUCUACUUUAUUGUCAAUCAUAAAAUGCAGAAUUUUUAGCUCCACUCCUAGGAAUUCUUAUUCAAUAAGCCAAAGGUGGUAGGACUUUAAAAUCUAUAUUUAUAAAAUUAUCACAGGUGAUUCUUAUGCAGGUAAUCCAGGAAUUACACUUAGAAAAAAUAUUCUUGACUCUAGGGAGGCCUGGCUCUGCCAUAUGCUAGUUUUUGACCUUUAACAAGUCAGGCUCUCUGAGCCUGGGUCUCCUUGUUUGAAAAUGAAGAUUGAAAAUAAACAUCUACUCUACCUACCUCACAAAGUUAUCAAAUUAAUAAGGUCAAAUGAAAACAAUCAUAUGAAAGCUCUUUGAAACUAUAAAGGAUUGGGCCUGGGAUUUAGCUCAGUGGUGCCACUGCCUGCCCUGCAAGUGCAAGGUCCCGAGUUUGAUCCCCAAUACCAAAAUUAAAAAAAAAAAAUUCAGAAUGAACUAUAAAGGAUUAUGAAAUAUAAAGGAUUCAAAUUAUUGAGGAUUUAAGAGGUUUUUCUGAGGUCCAUUGUAGUACAUUUCUUGACAUAUGUUUAAAUCGUGUGUAUAUUUCUCUCUCACCCUUUUAAGACAAAGGCUACCAAGAUAUUGGGUGUCUGAAAAAAGUUUUCAUCAGGCAAAAGAGUCAGUUUUCCAGGAGCCACAAUUUAUUUGUAUAUCAUGUUGGUUCCUUUAGAGUACGUAAAUCUUAACAUUAAUUCUCCAUAAGAUUUGACCCACACAUUUGACCCAAAAUGUUAUUCUUUUUACUUGUCUUUCUCCUUGGAACUAGAGUUAGCACUCAAAUAGCCAAGGUCUGAAUUCCCUCAGAUCUGACAGUUAAUAAACCUUUUCUCUGAAGGCCCAAAUUACAACUCAUUGAUAAAUAAAGCAAUCGUUCAUGAAGCUUUCCGUCUGAUAAUCUUUCCUAAAACAGCAUAAGAGAACAGAAAAAACAUUCACAAGCAAAAAUAAGGAGUUAAAAUAGAAAGUACCAGUUUGAGCUUAAAGAUGUUGUCAUCUAUCACCAUCUGCAUUAUAUUACCAACUGCCAAAAUGGGUAAUCCUGAAUAAUUGGGCCAAGUAUAGACGUUAAGUGAACAUUGCUAUGAAAAUCUUAACUUUAUGCAUCCAGAUUUUAUAUAUUUAUUUGUAUCUUCUCUAUUAAACUGAUUGUUGGUAUAUAUGUGAAUGCUACAUUGACUCCUUGGUAAUAUUUUAAUUUUGCUCCACAAAAUUUAUGUAACAUUGUUAAUCCAUUGUUUUAAGAAACAGUUUGGACCAUAUUAUUUAUUAUGAAGCUAGUGCUCCAAAUUAAGAAUUUUUUUCUUUUUGAAGAGACCAUUGAAGAACUAUAGCAAAACAACAACAUCAAGUCUCAACUUGAUUCAACCAACUUGAAGAAGUCUGGACAGUUUUCUUACCUUCUGUUUAACUUUAAUUUGUGUUUAAUGUUUUAUUUGUACAGUUGACAACUAAGAAAACAAUGGUUCUCUCUAGGAUGUUAAUAUAUCAUCUAAAGGUUUUUGAAAAGUGCUUUGAUUUCAGCAAUAUUGUUUUAUCCAGGAAUUAGGUAAAAGAUCUACGAAAGUACUAGGCUCAAAACAAUAAUUUGUUUCAAAGAACAGCUAACCCAAGAACUAGCACAAAACUUAGCAUAUAGUAAGUUUUUAAAUAAAUAUUUAAAUUCAUGAACAACUCAUGUCAAGCAAUUUAAAUUUAAACUAAGUGAAAUGAGUUAGAAAUGCAUAAAUUACACUAUAUGACACUUACUUCUCCUAGAGUGUUACUGUUUUAAUUAAAAAAGUGUAUGUACAAAUGUGCCAGACUUUUAAAUUAAUAUUAAUAGUGAACAGUUACUCUUAGAAAUAAUUAAGCUCCUAUUAGCCUCAUGCUAAGUUAGAGCUCUGUGCACCAUUUGAGUGAAUGAAUAUUCUAGCAAACCUUUCUACUGCUUUUUAAAGCAGAUUUAUAAAAAUUCUAAGAAUCUCUUUAACCUAUCUCAUUAGAGGUAGUUAUUUCCCACCUCAUGGAAAUAUCUGAAAUUGUACCCGUCUUCGUUCAGGCUAUAUCCCCAUGAAAUAAGAAUAAUUACAAUUUGUUGAUAAAACAGCAGACCAUUGGCUAGAGCUUAGAAGACAUUAUUAUACCAAAACUUCAGUAUGGUGAUAUUUAUAUUACUUUUUGACAUGCCAAAGAUACAUUUAGGUAUAAUCAUAUUUAGAUGACUUACAUAAUCUAACAUAAUGAGAAUGUCCCUGGGCUUGGAAUUUAAGGAUCCAUGAUUAUGAUGUCAAGUGGACUGGUCAUUUAAUUUCUUGUGGUCUCAGUAUAAAAUGAAUAGAAGGUAAUUUUCAGUCCAAACCUACCUCACUGGAUGUUGUGAGGAUCAAAUAAGAUAAUAUUUAUAGUGUUUCAUAACCUAUAAAAUUGCUAUACUGGUACUCUUUUUGUUAGAAUUUAGGAUUAUAGAAAAUAAGAAUAUGGUCUUUGUAGUAUUUAUUUUUAACAGUAACAAAGUAGGCAAUUAGACCAAUAUUCAUUUGGUGUAAUCCUUAAAUUUAACCUUUUUUUUUUUUUUUGAUACCGGGGAUCGAACUCGGGACCUUGCUCUUUCGAGGCAGGUGCUGGAACCACUGAGCUAAAUCCCCAGCCCUAUUUAACCUUUUUUUUAAAAAAGUUUCCUUUUCAAGAGUAGCUGUGCUUUUAAAUUGUUUGGCUCUUUGAUGUAUGCUACACCAGAGUAUGUGCUCAAAUUUUAUAAGGUUGAAUUUAUAGGUCAUUUCCAUCAGAAAUUGGGGGAUCUCCAUUAUGUUUCCUUUUAUAUGUAAUUAUAUAAAUAUGUUAGUUUGGCUUGACUGAGAUUUAUAAGAACAAUAUAAAGAGGAAGCUGAGCCCUGUAACUUGUUUUCUGAGUAUAGUUAACUAUGUUACCUGAUUCUUUCUAGUUGAGAGCAAGUUUUUUGUUUUGUUUUGUUUUUGGUACCAGGAUCAAACUUGGAUCCUUGGGCUUGCGAGGCAGGCAGCGGAACCACUGAGCUAAAUCCCUGGCCCGAGAGCAAGUUUUAAAAAGGUGAUCACUAUAACUUGUGUGUGUGUAUGUGUGUGUGUGAAUUUUUUUAAAAAACCUGUGUACCAUUGUUCACAAACCAUGGAUAGCAUUUUCAUAGACCCAAGAUUUACAAAGGAACUCAUGAUUCUUUUAAGCUUUUUAUGACCAAUUAAAAUGGGAGAAAGUACAAUAUUUACAUUUAAUUCAGUGGUUUGCUAUUAGUUACACAAUUUUAUACAUUAUUCUUAUAUAAUGCUGAUCUAUUUUAUAUAAAAAUAUGUUGGCAUCUCUUUAUAAUUUAAUUCUCUUCAUGUAUGUGUGUGGGUGGUUGUUUCAGUUAUGAGUUUUGGAAAAGGAAGACUAAACAUCCUUCACCUUUCCUCUGACUGUAAUCAGUCUCCUGGGGUAUUUUUUUCUAAUUUUAAUCCUCUACUUCUUUAGUGUUCACAUUGAUAUAGGAUUAUACUUUCUCUCAGGAUCCAAAUCUUCUAGGAAAGAAAAUGUUAAAAUCUAUCCAGAACCAGUCAUCUUUUCAGACAUUCCUAUUUUGUUGACUUGUAAAGAUUUUUUUUUUUUUGGUACCAGGGAUCGAACUCAGGCCCUUGCGUUUGCGAGGCAGGUGGCGGAACCACUGAGCUAAAUCCCUGGCCCGACUUGUUAUGUAAAUUAAUAAACUUUGUUGUUAUAAAGAUAAAGGAAAGUAAAGUUUUCACUAAUAUUUUAAUCAAACCGUAAGCCAGUACAACCUUCCUUCCUAUAAAAUAAGCUAAUUCAAUCAUUGUAAAUGCAUUGAGGGAUUACUUCCUUCACAUUUUUAAAAAAAUAAUCACUUAAGUCUAUUUUGUCCUUUAUGGAUAUUUUUAUUGGUAUGAUAACUUUUUUAUAAUUUAUUCUCACUUUAUUGAGCACUGUACCAGUUUUUUCAGAUAGGGAAACAAAUUUUUUAUCAUAUAAUGAUUCAGAAUUUUAAAAGUCAAUGUUCUAUUUUUUUCUAUUUUUUUUAAGUAGGAAGAUAUUUAUUGAUAGGAAAGCUCCUGAGGAGCAGGAGGGGUCCCAAGUGGGUAGCCCAAUAUUCUAUUAUUUUGCUAGUUACCAUUACUAGUAAAGUUAACUUUUUGGUUUUUUUCAAGCUUGUUAAAUUUUCUGAAGUAGACUUUAAUAAUAAUAGGUAAUAUUAUUAAGGUGGAUUAUUAUUAUUACCCUAAAGUUUUUGUCAUGUAACAGACUUAUAUAACUUGCAAACAUUUCUUUGUUUUGUGCUUACUGACUUUUUUUUUUUUUUUUUAACUUAGAGCUUACUGGUUUCUAUUUUCUAAGUUGGAAAAGGUUUCUAAUGACUGGUAAAAUGCGUUAUACUAUUUUAAAAAUAUACCAAGAUUUUGAGUCAGGUAACCCUGAGUUUUGUCUCUCUUUUCAAUGAGCUGUUUAACUUGGAUGAAGCAUCUCACCUCUUACAGCCUCUCUUUUCUCAUCUGUAAGUGAAGGGUAUGAAGAAGUUAGAUUAGACUGUGUCUCGGAUUUCACCUGGCUCUAGUUUGGUUCUUCUUUGACUAUUUUAUAAUCAUUUUGGGGGCUUACUUUUAUUUUUUAUUUAUAGUUGUUAUUUCUUUUUGGUACCGGGGAUCGAACUCUGGUCCUUCUGCAUGCAGGGCAGGCAGCGGAACCACUGAGCUAAAUCCCCGGCCUGGGCUUACUUUUAUUUUUGUUGUUCUUCCCAUGAACCAUAUUUAUUAGAUCAAUUUGUACUCUUAGUGAAAUUUAGACUUAACCUGAUAGGAUUCAGAUAUGUUAUUAACUUUGUUUUCCAUCCAUGAGUUUAAGUAAUUUUUAAAAAGGAAAAUUAUAUUAGGGAAAAAAUAAUAAAAGUGAAAGAAGAGUUAUAAAUAAUGUCCCUGAUCUUUUUUAUGGGAAAAGUCUUUGUAAGCACCUUAAAUGGAUGUACAGAAAAAAAUUAACAUAAAACUUUGUGGUCUUUGUUCUCUUACAGAAGAAUACAGCUACUGGGCUGGGGAUUUAGCUCAGUGGUUCCAGCGCCUGCCUCACAAGCGCAAGGCCCCGAGUUCAAUCCCCAGUACCAAAAAAAAAAAAAAAAAAGAAUACAGCUACUUAGCCUAAGCUUUACCCAGAAUUAAUUCACUGAGGCUGGGUGGAGGUCAGUGGUAAAGCAUUUGCCUAGCAUGUGCCAGGCCUGGGUUUGAUCCUAAGUACUGAAAAGCAAAUGUAUUCAGGAUAAAAUUAAUGAACAAUUAAGUGAUAACACUGGCCCAUUUUCUCAUUUAAAAACUAUCAGGUUUUACCAACAUUAAAAUAAUUAUAAAAUCUGAAAGAAACAUAGAGGAACUAAUUGAAGUUUUUUGUUAUAGUUAUUAUUAAACUGCAUUCUUGGAUUCUUUGAAAAGUAUAAUUGCCAGAUUGCCAUGGACAAGUAAAUGUCCUGGUUAAAAUAGUUAGAAGUAAGUAUGGUUUGUUCUUUUUUCUGGCUAUGCAGAGUAUGUUUCCAGAAGGGCUCUUAAUUAUGGUGAAAUGUAGGGAUUCUAUUAAUUCAUCUUUCAGCAGGAUUCUCUAGCGGCUUAACAGUGUUCUCCGAGAAGAAGGCCAAGGAGGUUCGUGUUACUUUUAAAGAUCACUGUAUUUGCUCUCAUUGUCUACAUUAGCUCAUCUCAGUCUCUUGAACACUUCAGUCUGUUUUUGGGUUUGAGGUCUGAUGAGUAAAGAAGAAUAGUGCAAAAGUAAAAUAGAAGGUGUACCAGCUUCUGGUGUGAUUUCUUUAGUUACACUUGUUUCCUUGUCUUGUCAUUUCAUUGGAUCAUGUAACCCUCCUGGCUUCCAGAAAUUAAAUUAGAUGCCCACUCCUUUUAACUCAGAGGUGCCUGUACAUUCAUAUGUCGUAUAACAAUGUUUCAGUUAUGGACAGGCCACAUCUACAAAGAUCCCCCCUAAGAUUAUAUCCCUAGUGAAAUCAGGGACAUGUUAGAUUGAGAGUACGCCCAGUGAUGUUCACUCAGUGACAGAAUCGCCUCACAACACAUUCCUUAGGCAGUGCCCCCUUUAUUAAACAACACAUGACUAUUGUAAUGUUAUUGAGAUUGAUUGUAAAAACAACAAAUUUUUCAUUUUCUGCCUCUGCAAGUCUUUGUUGUCACAUUUGUUAAAUUUGGACCCAAGGUCUAAUUUCUUUGACUAUUUUUUGGGUUUUGAUAAUAACAUACUCUGUAAGAUAAGCUAAGUAAUCCUAAGUGAUUUAUAUAUUCAUCUAUCUACCAUUUUCCUAUUUAGCUACUCCUUCUGUCUUCAGUUUUGAAAAGAAAAUUGACAGAUGUCUUCCUUUAUCUCUGCCUCAGAUAAAGUUUUCCUGAACUAAUCUUGUCAACAGAAACAUGAAAUAAUUUAUUCCUGACAAGAUCAACAAAGCAGUUCUUUUUAUAUUAAGCUAAAGUGAAUAUAUACUUGAAAAUAAUAAUAUAUCUUCUUUGUAUGUGAAAUUCAGAUUUUAAAAAUCAUGAAAAGGACUCUCCAGUGUAGAAAUAUCACUCUGGAAGUUCCUUUGUCAUCAGGCACUAUUUCUACUAUAGCUAUGAGUUAUCAAGCUAAAUCUGAAUGUUUUAUCAUUCAUCUUUUUAUAACACCUUCUCCAGAAUAAUCCUGUUUCAUGUCUUUAACACUAACUUCAAGCAAUUUCCACUUUUAUUUCCAAUUGUCAGAUUUUGUUUUCGAAUUCUCACUGAAGUUUCGAAGUAUUGUACAUAUGAAGGAGGGUUACAGUGCGGAUACACUUUGCAGGGUGAAGACAUCACUACCCCAUCCUUUCCCCCAGCCCUAAAAAAAGUUUAUUGACAGAUCCAAAGCUAAAUUCAAUUGGCUUAUUUUGUUAUUUCAAAUAGCUGUGGAAGCUGUUUCUUCAGAAUUAAAAUGUUUAAAUUACAGAAGUACUUUUCUGAACUUUAAUCUGAUAGUGAAUUUGGAAGAUUAUAUAUUUACAAUAAUGAUCAUUUCACUUUUUGUAAUAUGUAAUACCUAGAGCUCAUAUUUACUUAGUGUGAGCUGUGUUUUGAGCCUUUUUCUGUUUUGCCUUGUUUUCUUGGCAUUGCACAUUGCUGUAUAUGUUAGGUUAUCCUGGUCCUCUCUCAGCAGACAACUCCCCUGUAGAUCACUCAUUCUCUCUGAGAAUCAGGCCAAGGAGGUUCUUGCUACAGGGUCAUGGUUGGGUAACAUUUCUGAGCUAUGUGAAAUUGAUGAUUUUAUGGGUCAAAAGGACCAAAUGUUAGCAAGUUCAUAGAAUAUAUUCAAGAAGCAACCAAACAAAAGAUCUUUUAGAAUAGUCAUCCUAAGCUCUCAUCCUAGCUCUGUUUAUCAGCCUAUCGGGCUUUAUGAAGGAGACUCUACAGGGAACCACAGUCUUCUCAAGACAAUUCUACUUCAUCCUACUGCUUAAAUUCUCUAGUUUUCCAAGAUAUUUUAUCAUAUUAAAGCAAAACCUUUGGGACAUAAGUUACAUAACCCUUUCAUUAACUCGCUGUGUAGUUUUCAACUGUGAGAUGUUAUUGCAGUAAUCAAAAGUACAUAGUAGAAUAUAAAUAUCACUUGGAGGCAAAAUAACUCCUUUUGCUUCUAUGACUCAAAUUUUGUUAACUAAAGAAUUUUAUCUUCUUGGUAGACAUUCUGUAAAGUAAUAAUGUUAUGUGAUCAAUUUUGCAUAAAAAGUCAUUUAAAGAUUUUAUGCUUAUAGAAGUAUACGAGUAUAAAAAUGCAUAUAAAAAGAUGAAGCUCCUAUUCAGAAAACUCAAUUUUUGAUCUAGAAAGUUGUAUAUUAGGUUGUUCCAAACUCAGAUUAUAUUUCCCAUAUAAAUUCUAUUAUAAUGAAUAAUAAGGAUAACAGCCAGCAAAAGCUAACCUAGUGCAUAGUACACUCUAGAAUUACUUUAGCCAUCUUGUUUUUGGUUAAAUUUUUACAGUAGAAAAAGCUAACUUGAAUCUCAGUGACUCUGGUAUACUUCUUCCAAGGUGAUGUGUUUGUGAUACCCCGAGCCUUGCCUGUGUCUGACCUGCUCCUCAAAUACCACAUCCCCAAAACCUUUCUGCUUCUGCCUGCCCCGGUCUCAAAUAUCCAUAUUAGUACUUCCAAACUGUGACCCAUCUCAUGUGUUCAGAAAAAGAAAUUUGCUUUAACUCAUUUAUAUUAAAGUGUUAAUGACUCUAGCCCUUUUUUCUCAGUUAGAGAAAUCUGCAUGAAAAACACAUAUGUUGGGCCAGGGAUUUAGCUCAGUGGUUCUGCCGCCUGCCUUGCAAGCGCAAGGUCCUGAGUUUGAUCCCCGGUACUAAAACAAAGAAAGAAAUAUGUUGCUGUUGGCACAAAAUUAUCUCAGUGAGCAAAAAAUUAAACUUUAAAACAAAAGUGAGGAUUAUUUUGUUGGUGUUGAUGAGACUAUCUUGAGGCAAGAUGUAUCCUAAAGUGACCUCAGUUGGAAUGCUCCCCCUUGCCCUGAAGCCAUGUGAUGUCAGAAAAUACGCCUACGCCAGUGCCCUUUAAGAAGGGAGCAGGUCACUGUAUGUGUGCGUCUUGUGAAGUCAGCCUGCUGGUGCUUUUUUUCUCCUUCAAUUAAGGUGGCGUCUGGUGCAUCCCAGAUUUCCCUCAUCACAUCUUCUAUAAGACUGUGUUUCCAUCUCAUUCUACCUCACCUCACAGUAAGUCUCUCUUCCAGCUCUGGUCAUUGGUAGGAAAUUUACAGGUGAACACUGUCCAUGCUGAUAAAGUCCCCAUUUUACUGUUACCCACAAUUUGUCAAGAGAUGUAAGGGUAGGAAAGGUAGUCCUUUUUAUUCUAAAAAAUUAUUAUUUCUAAAAUAGCUGGCACUUAGCAAUUUAGUUUCUUCAAAUUCUAUACUGAAUUAAAUUGCUGAGGCGAUUCUACAUGGAUUCUGAAAUCUAGUUAAUGCUUACGCUGAAGACUUGUAUUUCGUGGCAUUAGUUCUCCAUGCUCCCUCUGCAUACAUUCGCCGGAAGUGCCCGUGCGUUUCCAGGUGAGGGCGCCGCCGUGGAGUCUGUGCAGGGCAAGUGCACUGGGUUGGGCAUGCGCCGUGCUCCUCACUAGCUGGUUGUGCUCUGCACUCUGCUCUCGUAGAUUUAUUUUGUUUACAGUAGACCGAUGUCCGCUUUUGUAAAUGUUUUUUCUUAGCACUUUAACUGUGAGUGUACAAACGUAAAUGUAGUGGUUGUAUAUUUUGGUUAUAAACUGGAAGUUUUUAAUAAAAUCAAAUAAUUUGUUCUCUUUUCUGUCCUUA